AUGAAUGCAGAGAAGCAUCCAUUGUAUCGGCCCAUUGAAAUGGCUGGGAAAUCUCAGAUUUUUCAAGGACUGACUAUUGCUCUAAGCACAUUACCAGCAGCAGAGAAAGAGAUUUAUACGGAUAUGCUUGUGAAGCUUGGGGCGCAGUACGUAUCAUUCCAUUCAUAG